AUGCAACCAGAGGACGUCCGCAUGCUGGCUGCGCACUUUGCUUGGCCGAAUGCAUCACUGCCAGACCGGAUGAUGGUAGCGGCCAUCGCGGUCAUGUUCGCGGGUUUCCUAGGAAACCCGCGAACCUCAGGUCCAAAACGGACCAGGAGGGCAAAGGGCAGACCGGUAAAGGCGACACAGCAAGGCCACCAGCUGCAGCAGAGGACCGGCUCUGUUCAAUCACCAAUCUGCAGCCUCAGCUAUACCUCUUUCCGGGAGAAACUCGCAGCCAUGUGCAGCACCGUGGGUAUCAAGGACGGAAUCAUGCCGCACCCCAUGCGCAUCAAGGGAGCAGCGCAGCAGCGGUCCGAUUGGCGCCUGAAGAGGCCCACGGUCGCUGGAAGGCGGACACAUGAGCACGCAGCCUCCGGGAAGCAGAGCGCUCCAGAACUCAACACAUUCCAAAUCAAGGAGACCCAAUUAUCGCUUUUCUGCUUUCUUCCAUUCUUCCAGACGCAUUGA